UGGAAAGCUCACCAGCUUCAAAAAGCUGAGUUUUAGAAAAGAAACUAAAAAAAUUAAACAUAUAUGAAAAACAUAUAUAAAAAGUCGAAAUUGCGCGAAAAUACGUUGUAUAUUUACAAUUAUAUGAACGAUCCCAUUUGCCAUAUAGUCAUCUGUUUCUCCACCAAAAACAUCUCGUACAAGUAGUGCUCGGUUUAAACUAGUACAUUCAAUUUAAAUUAAAUUAGAUAAAACUUAAAUUAAUAGAUUUUCGACACCUCGAAUAAGAAUAGAUAAAAUGUCAAAAAUCUCUCUGGACGGCUUUUUGUCAUACUGCAAGUCAAUAGCCGAGCAUAUCCAACUGGGCGACAGGAUGGCCGCUCUCUCCGGACAAGGCACCCCCCGCCUCACCUCCUCCGUCGGAAACCUCUACUAUGACUCGAUCCUGCCGUACCGCGAGGACUCCGGGCCGCAAACCCGCGAGUUCCUGGCGCGCGUCGUGGACGUGCUGCUGGACUUCGUGCAGCAGGUCAACGACCGCAACGAGAAGAUCCUGGAGUUCAAGAUGCCCGAGGAGAUGCAGAAGCUGCUGGACCUGGAGCUUCGCGACGAGCCGCUGCCCCUGAAGCAACUUCUAGAAGAUUGCAAGACCACCCUCAAGCACCAGGUCAAGACCGGGCACCCCCACUUCUUCAACCAGCUGUCGUGCGGGCUGGACAUCAUCUCGCUGGCCGGCGAGUGGCUCACGGCCGCGGCCAACACCAACAUGUUCACCUACGAGAUCGCGCCCGUCUUCAUCCUCAUGGAGAACGUGGUUCUGGAGAAGAUGCGCGCCAUGAUCGGCUGGAGCGACGGGGACUCCAUCCUGGCUCCCGGUGGGUCGGUGUCCAACCUGUACGCGUUUCUGGCGGCUCGCCACAACAUGUUCCCGCAGUACAAGGAGAAGGGGCUCACCAGCAUCCCCGGGCACCUCGUCAUGUUCACCUCCGACCAGUGCCACUACUCCGUGAAGUCGUGCGCGUCGGUGUGCGGCCUCGGCACCGACUACUGCGUCUCCGUGCCAUCUGACGAGCGCGGGCGCAUGAUCCCGGCCGAGCUGGAGCGGCGCGUGCGCGAGCACCAGGACAAGGGCAACGUGCCGUUCUUCGUAAACGCGACGUCAGGAACCACGGUGCUGGGCGCGUUCGACCCGCUGCCCGAGAUCGCCGACAUCUGCCAGAAGUACAACAUGUGGAUGCACGUCGAUGCUGCGUGGGGCGGCGGCCUGCUCUUCUCCAAGAAGUACCGCCACCCGCGGCUCACUGGCAUCGAGAGGGCGGACUCCGUCACCUGGAACCCGCACAAGCUGAUGGGCACCCUGCUGCAGUGCUCCACCGUGCACUUCAAGAUACCCGGCAUCCUGCUGAGCUGCAACGAGAUGGCGGCGGAGUACCUCUUCAUGACGGACAAGAUCUACGACCCGCGCUUCGACACCGGGGACAAGGUCAUCCAGUGCGGGAGGCACAACGACAUCUUCAAACUGUGGCUGCAGUGGCGCGGGAAGGGCACGUCGGGCUUCGAGCGCCACAUGGACCGGCUGAUGGAGCUCUCCGAGUACAUGGUGCGGCGCAUCCGCGAGCAGAGCGACAAGUUCCACCUCAUCCUCGAGCCCGAGCUCGUCAACGUCAGCUUCUGGUACCUGCCGCGCCAGCUGCGGGGCGUCCCACAUGAUCAGCGGAAGGAGAUCCUGCUGGGCAAGGUGUGCGCCAAGCUGAAGGGGCGCAUGAUGCAGGCGGGCACCAUCAUGGUGGGCUACCAGCCCGACGACCGCCGCCCCAACUUCUUCCGCAACAUCAUCAGCUCGGCCGCCGUCACCGAGAAGGACGUCGACUUCCUGCUGGCCGAGAUGGACCGUCUGGGGUACGACAUCGUCGUCGACUAAACUGGCUCAUUUAGCCUUCAACGGACCGAGGUUUUUUCUUUGCUCUGUUAAUUCUGUUAGAUAACUUUGAAGAUAUGGACUUCCUCCUGGCUGAGUUGGACCGCCUACUCGCCUAGGGCACGACAUAGCUGUCGACUAAACUGGCGAAGCGAGCUUUCAACGGACCGAGGCCCGAGGUGUUGUUCUUCGAAUACCUGUUCUGUUAAUUCUGUUAGACAGCUUAGAAGUUGUCGACUUCCUCCUGCUAAGUGUCACGACGUUGUUGUUGACUAAACUGUCGGUUAGCUUAACUUAAAGCAUUUAGCUUUCGACGGACCGAGGUUUUUCCCUCUAAUGCCUGUCUUGUCACUUCUGUUAGAUAACUUUGAAGAUGUCGACAUCCUUUGCAAAGGCUUUCAAUUCUCAAAAAGUCGGUCCGUUGAAAAUACGUCUACGUCAAAAAUAUGGUUUCCCUUCCAAUCAAUACCUAAAUGGCGUUUAACGUGUACUUUAAAAGCGUUAGUUUUUUCAUUAGUCAAUAUCGGUCAAUGCCACGAACUCGACACAAAAACAUAACUUUUACAUAAAUUAGGUACCUACUUACGUACGAAAUCGUAUCUGUACUGUAGUCUGUAGGCCUCGUCUCGAGAGAAGUAGGACCUUUUAAUCAUUAUAUCUAAUCACCUUUGCUGUUAAUAAUGGUAUGAUUAUUUAAAAAAUAACAGUUUGACUGUUCAUCACUUGUUCACUGGACGAUUACAUUGUUAAGCGUCGCAACGCAAACUUAAAUACUCGUAAACUAAAAAAAAAAAAUGCUUUAUGUUGAGUCUAACUUAUUAGAUGUUAUAUUUUGUAAGCUUCCGGUGCGUGUGUGCGUGUGUGCGUGUGUGCGGGCUGCGGGGCGGUGGCUGUGUUGCCUCCGUGCCCGUGCCCGCAGGUAUUUGAGAACUAUGAGUAUAUGUAAUGUAGUAUUUAAAGUCGAAAUUAAUCUUCGUCUCAAGACUAAUGUUGGAAAGGAAUGGUGUAGAUGCGCAUUUCAGGCAGACCCUUGUUAAAAUAUAUAAAUAUAUCGGUAAAUGUAAAAAAUAUGUAUACAAUUUAAUAGUUGAUGUUAACAUAAUAUGUAAUAUGUAUCGUUGAAAUAAAUUCUAAUAUUAUAUUUAUUCAAAAAUAAAAUUGUUACACUGUCAUACUAUAUUUAAUAUUUAAGUUGCGUCCUUCAUUAUUUUGACUAAGUAUGUAGUACAGAUGACGCUCUUGUUGUGCUGCCUGAAAAUGAUCAGAGAUAUGGUAGGAGUGGGAAGAUUGUUUGGACAGUGCUCAAAGUGACUGGGAGCCAUUCUAAAACAAAGUCAAAGGAAUUGUAUCGAUGUAGUCAAAUAACUAGAGGUCCACUUCUUUAUAUAAAAUAUACUACUUUCACAUUUAGAUAUAAAACUCUAAACGCGCAGUUGUAUGCUAAACUAGCAUUUCUAAAAAGAAAUAACUUUAUUUUGUAUAAUCUGAGGCUACAACUAUAUACAUUUUUUUUGGCUUUAAAAACCAAUAAAAUGAUUUGAAUGUUGAAAGAUAAUGUAGUCUUCCAAUAAUUGCAUUAAUUAAUUGAUAGUGUUAGGGGUCGGUUGUAUGUUAUACUUGGCUCACGUUUAUAUGAACCGUCUAUAAAAUAUAUUAGAAUAAAUGAUCAUAUUAUCCAAGUCACGUGUUAUAAAAAUUCUCGAUGUUUUCCAUAAUGUAAGUCUAAAUGUUUGUUGACAAUGGAAAUAUAUUUUCAAUAGUUGUAAGAAGAUAAAUAAACUAUAUUGUAUUAGUAAGAAAUUUCCACAGUAAGGCCUAAAUUAAUUUUCAUUUGCUGGA